GAUGGGCCCAGCAUAGCCAGUGAGCCGCCCAAGACAGUCCGUAGCCAUUUGGGCUCGAGGGGUGCUUCAAGGACCUUCGCCAACGCAUAGACUCAUGCCGUGCGACUGGUGUGACGAGGAGGAGUGUGUCUACUGUCCUGAGUGUGAGGAAUCCUUCUGCCGAGCUUGUAGCAUCCGGCUGCACCACCCAGGGACAAAGAAUGAGCUGCACUCGCUCGAACAGAUUGCACACCAGGACCACCGUGGCGUCGCGAUCCUCACGCCGAUCCUCGACGAAUUGCUGGCCAUUUGUGUUUUCUCAUUUGUUUUCAGUAACGACCUCAUCACACCCGACUACCUCCACACCUGAGAUGUGUGCCCGCUUGUGGGGCGUGCCAGAAAAGGGAUCGCAUCUCUGGACUCCGGGGUGUUCUUUCUGAUGAAGGGGGUCUUGAACACCUAUUGUAACAUCGAGGAUUCCUACUGGAGGCUCUUCACAGACCUCUGGGUUCGGAGCAUCGUAACCACAUCUGACAGCCUGUUCCUACUCCUGUCAACGGCCAUCUACGCCUGGCUCUUCUCGACGUCCAUUGUGAUGUUCCUCGUGCCUUUUGCUGCCGCGGUCUAUGGACUCCCUUGUGCUCUUUGGGCGAGGAUCGAACACCACUUACCAAGGUGGAGGCCGUUGGUCAUCGUGGAGACCGUGGUCAAGUGUAUCGAUCUGGUCCCUCUGUCAGAUCCAACGGACGUCCCCCCCAAGACCGAGCCGCGGAAGAGGAAAUCGCAAGAUUGCGUCGAGUUUGCGCAGUAUUGGUUUGCACGCUUCUUCAGACAGUACUCCUUCUACAAGAGCACCAUAGCAACAUCGCUCAGGAGCUUGGUCACGUACCCGAUGUCUGCCGUAGUUGUCGUCCGCUUGGUCUGCAUCUUCCUCGGAGGUGGCCCCACGAUCUCGCUCAUCCUCUCUCGCGUCGGCCUGGGAGACACGAUUCACAAGCACGGCCAGCUGUUCGGAGCAGUCUCCAAGGACAUAGUCAGCGACAGGUUGCUCACGAACGGGCUACGGCAGAUACCUGUGAUGCUCCUGUCCGUCGACCUCGGCACGCUCUCGAGUGCUGUGCGCUCUAGCUUUGGCGCAACGCUUCCUGUCAUCGGCCCUCUCGUUGUGAUUGCGGCCCCCUUCCUCGUGGUGGUUGCGGCCAUCCACAUCACCCGCAAGAAGCAGCGGGAUAAGUUCAUGGAGGAUUGGCAUGCUACAGGUCGUACGGAAGCACUGGGACCAGGAAUGCGUGAGAUCGAUGCCAACGACGACGAAUGACGAGAGGGAAGUCCAUCAUCUCGCAGAGUUCACAAUGUAUUGAUAUGCCCAAAACUGGGCAUCAGGCUCUGCGCUUGCAGCCUGCUGUACGUAUAGAUGUCGCUGGAGCCAGCCUCACACUCGUGCACAAUCGUUCAUAAGACACCACCAGGAGAACUCUCCAUUAUCGGCAGGCUUUCGGAAGGCAGGACUCCCUCGAGUUCUUGUAGACGAAUGCUGCUUGUAGAUACGAGUUUUCGGAGCUUUCGGCUCCACGUGCAUCGGUUCUGUCGGCAAUCAGACGGCAUUGGCCCUCCGAUGCGCAUGGAUUUAGUCUGCUUCCCCCAGCUGCACACAUUUCAAGGAGGCAUGCUACACUGAUCGAUGAACCGUUGCCUCUUUAAGUCUUCUGUUGCUGUGUCGUUCAGAUGUACGGGUGUCCAAGCGCUGCUCUCAUCCGAUUUCGAGUGAGCCUCUUCUUCUUCCCUCCAAGCAUGCGUCCAGGAGGCUCCGGCACGAAUUGAAGACGGCUAGAGGCGCAAGGAAGCUCAAGAAUGCUCCCCAGAAG